AUGGCCCCCGAUGUCCAACCCACCGUCACACGGCUGCCUCCCUAUCUCCAGACCGCCGCCCAGCCCGCAGGCAAUCCCUCCGAUGCUUCGUCCGCCCUCCCUUCUCAUCCCCGCCCCACUGGCUCCGUGCCUCCCCACGUUCGGGACCCUUCGUUGACUCGAGGCCGACCGCCCAUCACCACCUCUGCGAGCUACAGCGUCACGAGAGAGCCGCGUGCCCCCUCCGCUCAAGGACAUUCUCAAGAGUCCCCGUUUUCGCCCAUAGAACCUGGCUUGAGGCGACAACUGUCCAAUAGCUAUGGGCACCACCGACAAACGUCCGUUAUUCAUGGUGUACAGCAUUCUCGAAAUCCGAGCUUCAACUCUCCCCAGACCUCCAGUCCCUUGAGUCCAGAAUCUCUCCUGCACGCAUCCUCCACGUUCCGAGCCGCCCCCAAUGCUCGCCGCAUACCAACCUCUGCCACCGAAGCGCCCGCCACUGUGUCAAGCUCGACAUCACCUUUGGGUCACGGUCAGAACCCAUCAAUAGAUUCUACAGUUGAAGGCUCGAUGGCUCCGCUGGACGGUAUAGCGAGGAAGAGAAACGGGCCGCCACGCCGACGAGGGCAAGGUCAAUCGCAUUCCUCGGUGGUACAGCCGCAGGAGCCACGAACGCCGGGCGAAUAUGCUUUACAUCAUCUGUUCCAUUCGUUCGUCGUGCGCGCCGAUGCGAAGAUCAACCAGUGUCUCGCGAACAUCGACGUUGUUGCGACACCCGUUGAACAGACCUGUGGACUUGGGGCGGAUGCUUCCUUUGAUCAGCUUAUUACUUCGCUCGGUCACAUUACGCGACAGAAUCCCAAAUCCUUGGUCGAUAGUCUGAUGCUGUGGCGCAAGGCCAAAGGAGAUGCGGCUUCGGCCAUCAAACGACAGUUGAAGAGUCAACAGAACGCUCUGUUCGUAUCUCCUUCGAUGCCACAUCGACACACUGAACCAGGCCAGCCCAACGGGGAAUCUGGGAUGCACCCGCCACAUGUGGAGAGCCCAGCUAUGCCCAAAAUUGAUCCGCUGCACCAAGAGUACACCCUUGCUGAUCGGAGAGCGAUUGUCUCAAUCUAUGUCUUAUGCAGAGUUCUGAUAUCGAUAUUCGAACAGAGCCACAUCUCCGCCAUCACGCCCGAUCUAGCCCUUAAACUCGAGGAUAUCGUCUUUUGCCAGCUCCGAGAUGUUGACCCAAACCAGCUGCUUGGCUCCAGUUUACGGCUUGCCAACUGGAGAAUUUACGGCCAGGUUUUGGGUUGUAUGAGUCGCCUAGAUUUUGAGAACGUCACGGAGCGUUUCACAAGACAGCUUGACACUUGGCAAGGCAAUGUCACUAAAAGUUCUGGAACGACCGCUGCUCGUGACCUCGAAUCGCGAAUCGAGCUUUUGUUGCUCUCUAUGAGAAAUCUGCAUAUUCCGUCGUCCCAAGAGGGCGCCAGAAAGUCGUGUGAAUUCUUGACCACCCUCGGCAACCUUUUUGCAGACGCUCAUGGGCCUCGCAUUAAGCAAGCAUACUGCCAAUUGCUUGAGCGACUGCUCAUACCGGUUGCUGGUUGCCCUGAAAGCUUCCAAAACAACAUUCCAUGGGGCGAGUUCAUUUCUACGGUCAACUCUCGCCUGGGCAAUAUGUUGUCCAAGGUCAGACACUGGAAUAGCGGUUUUCCCUUGUCGAUUCUGUUGUUUUGCAUAUCUCCUGUCGACACUUUCAUGACACAAUGGGCCCCAACAGUGACGAGCCUGGGAGCCAAGCUGAAAGACAAGACCACACGAGCUCCAGCAAUACAGGCUUUGUGCCAGCUAACGUGGACCUACCUGGCUCGCGUUAACGAGGCGCCCCAGACAAGCUCGCGGCGGGUAGAGGACAUGAUCAAAUUGACAUUCCCAAGUGGCAAGAAGACUCACAUUGUCACCGAACAGGGCAUAUCUGACGCGCUGGUGCAACUAAUCCGCAUCAUCGGGUUUGCCUACCAGGACUUGUGCUUCCGCUCCAUCAUUUUCCCGUUAGCGAAUACGGAUCUGAUCCAGUCGAGUAGGGAUCUCCGCAUUGAAAGUAUGGAGCCAGAGAAGAUCGUUAUCAGCAUUCGAGGUUUCCUGGCUUUGAUGGCAGACUCGGAGAAUGGCAAUGUGACACGACCGCCGUUCCCCGUCUUCAACUUCAUCGCCUACCCGCAGGAAGGCAUGCCAACGUCGCCGCUCUCCGUUAAGCCCGAGUUCUUCGCCGACCUCUCGAGGGAGCCUUUCAUGGCUGACACAGUUCCACCAGCUGCGCCUGUCAAUGUCUCAAGCCUAAGUGAGAGCACCCGCAAGUACUAUUUCCAAUACUGCGAGAUCGUUGGGAAAAUCACCAUCGUCUGUGACAACACUUUCGGUGGCCAGGCAUCACUGAACGAAAAGUUCGGUACUUUAACCCCGAAAACGCCCAUCGCUGAUGCUUUCAGCAUUGGCAGGCGAGAGGAUGCCCUGGCAGACCCGAAGCAGCCGUACCUAGAACUUUUACAUGUUGCGAUCCAGGCUCUACCCCGGUGCUUUACAGACCAUAUCUCUCUCAACACCCUGAUCAAUCUUCUAUGCACAGGCUCGGCGCACGUUGAGCCUGCUAUAGCUGCGUCGGCAGCUAGCUCUUUGAAGGCGGUUGCAAAACAAGGUUACGCACAAUCUGUAGCGAUCGCCUUUCCCAGAUUCAUCUUCAAUUAUGACAUGCAGUACUCCACCAUGUCUGAUGAAGGCAGACUUGGGCCUGCUCAUAUCGAAGCUACGUUAGCUUUGUACCUUGAGUUGCUGACAAUCUGGAUCGAUCAAGUCAAACAAAAGACGAGGGACACUAUGGCCGACGCACGCGACCGAACAGCCGCCAGCGCAGCUCGUGCGGUACAGCUGGAGAUGACAAAUGUCAUCGCACUUGUUGACGAGGUAGAGGCCUACGGUCUGUUCUUUCUCUGCUCACAAUCGCGCCGAGUACGAUCGUAUGCCAUCCGAGUCCUAAGACUAGUUGUACAGUUCGAUACCGCACUUGGCAAAGUUGAGCAGUCUCGCAUAAUAAACAUCCUGGAAGUACACUCAGUCGAGAUAUUAAAGCUACCAGAUGAUCAGCUAAGCGUCGCGGAGCGCAGUCGUCUUCAGAAGGACAAACAACAGCGCACCGGACAAAACACCUUGAUCGAAAUUUGCGGAUCCGAAGUCACCUACGAUGCUGCAUUAUGGUUCAAGGCAUUUCCAAAUCUUGUACGUUGUGUAUUUGAGCAAUGUCCUCACGCCAUAGCUCUCUGUCGAGGAUUUGUGUGCGACCGGCUGCUAUUGAUGCAGUCCGACGUCGAAGCGCUUGCGAAGCUUCCUUCCAUUGGGGGCCCCUUGCAAGACGUCCGGCCUCAGGGCCGCAGCUCCGCGACGCCAGCUGAUGUGCUGAUUGACCAGUGGAAACUGUACCUCAUUAUGGCAUGCGUCACCUUGAGCUCAUCAGGGGCGCAAUCACAAAGCCAGCUUGCCAAUGCCGCGCACUCCCGAAAGACUUCCAGAGGCACUGCUGCUGCACAGGAGAGACUGGGCUCCGCACGCGCCCUCUUCUCUGCAAUCAUUCCAAUGCUUGCGGCUGGCCCGGAAGCCAUCCGUACGGCUGUGGUGAUAGCGCUUGGCUCAAUCAACCGCAAACUCUACCGUACCCUCCUGGAGUCGUUGCAAUACGCAGUCAUCACCUGCAAUGACGAAGCCAAAGCCAGGAUCAAUGCCCAUCACCGCACACCAAGCAGUCCACAGCGAACGCACAGGACAGAGCGCUUGCGUACAGAAGUGACAUAUGUGUACAAGCUCACGGCGUCGUUCCUUCGCUACGACGAUGUCUGCAGCGACGACUGGAUUCUCAACAACCUUGUCACUUAUGCAAAAGACCUGCGGAUCUACCUGAGCGAUACCAAUGUUCAGAACGACUGGCGCUUUCAGAAAUUACGCUAUCAUUAUUGUGGGCUCGUUGAAGAAACUUUUGAGGGUAUCCAGCGAUCAAAUGUGCCCUCUCGAUGGAUGCCUUUUGAAGCACGCAAGUCAGCCUUUUCUCUGAUGGAAGACUGGUGUGGGUUUUCACCUGAAUCAGAUCCAAGACGAGGUUCGCUUGACGGUGCAGGCAUUGCACCACCUCGAGAGAAUCACGAUCGACUCAACCCUAACGCGGCUGUGGCAAAGGAAAAGAACGUUCUUCGCGUCGCUGCUUUGAGUGCCAUGGCAACGCUCUGCGCGGGGCCGAUCAGCAUACAAACUGAGAGCGGUGUCAUCCUCUCGUUCAAUUUGCCGCGAAUGGUGGCUUGGAUCGACGCAAUCUUUGCCACCGAGAACGACAAGGUGCAUGCAAUAGGACGAAGAGCCCUCCGCCUGCUACUGUUGAAUAACCCUGAGCACAAUUCAAUCGCCUGCCAUGCAAUUGAUGCUUGCUACCAGACGGACAACCCGAGAUGCCUCAGCAGCUAUUUCGAUGUCGUUGCAGAGGUCCUCAUCGAGACACCAGACUACCCGAUUGAGUUCUGGAGGAUCCUAAGCACUGUGGUCUUCACACUUGGAAGCGAGAGCCGCGACCUCCGGAUGAAAUCGGCCCGCCUUCUGCGCACUUUAGAUGAAAGACAAGAGAAGAGUUCUAACCUUCAAGAAUUCGACAUCAGCAUCUCCGACAGGACUCGCGCCGUUUACAAGCUUGCUCAAUUUGAGUAUUCAAAACGGCUGGCAUCGGCCCACGCAAGUCUUGGAUUCCUGAUCUUUUCCGAGUUCUCGCUGCGGUAUAACACAGUGGGAACAGACAAUCAGCGCAACAUCGUGGCCGCCCUUCUGCCCUGGCUACAAACUCUCGAGCUGCAAGUGGACUCGGAGACGGGUGGGCCAACAGCUGUUUCCUACAUGCUACUCGCCAACAUGUUUGAGAUUACGAUUUGUUCGAGCAACGCGAUGCACAACGAAGUCCAAGCUCUGUGGCAAGCUCUUGCAACAGGCCCGCAUGCCGGUAACGUCCAACUGAUCCUAGAUUUCAUCAUCUAUCUAUGUCUUGAACGUCGGGAACAGAACUUUGUCGAGUAUGCCAAGCAGAUUGUGGUCUAUCUCUCAACCACUCCCGCAGGUUCUCGCGUCCUUGAGUUCUUCUUGUUGCAACUGACUCCUAAGAACAUGGUCAACGACAAGAAGCGAGGCGAGAUCUUGGUACCAGAUACCAAGCAUCUGCCUUACGUCGCGGAUCUGAACGGCGUGCUUCCGACUGGUAACAAGCAGGCUGGGCUGUCUCUUGGUCAAGUUGCACUGAUCUUCUUGGUGGAUCUUAUGGUCCCGCCUGUGAAAUUGUCCAAGGAAAACGCAACCAAAGUCAUUCAUGCUGUUUUCAUACUUUGGGAUCACUAUACUCCAACGGUGCAGGAGCAAGCACGAGAGAUGUUAGUGCAUCAGCUGCAAGAACUCGUUGCGACCAAAGCAGAUGCAGAACUCCUUGCGCCGGUCUGGGAUCAGAUCGAACAAGUCGUAGAGUCUGUGCGCAGGAACGAAGAUUCUGUCUGCUGGUCUUAUGAGUCUCACACAGGCAAACCCGAUGACGACGGCGGCAGCCGUGUUCCAGCGCCCAUGUUGCACCUGGCCAAGAGCGUUGUAGACAUCUUCAGCCUCGCCUUCGAGAAUUUCAGUGACGCAUGGGCGAAAGAGGCGCUGCACUGGGCAUCAAUCUGUCCAGUACGGCAUCUUGCCUGCCGCUCCUUCCAAGUUUUCCGAUGUAUAUCGGUGACUCUGGACGCAAGAAUGCUUGCUGAUAUGCUAGCACGCCUGUCCAACACCAUCGCAGAUGAGCAGACCGACUAUCAGACUUUCUCACUGGAGAUCUUGACCACGCUCAAAGUCAUCAUUGGGGCGCUUGAUCCCAGCCACCUUCUCAGAUAUCCACAGCUCUUUUGGACGACUUGCGCAUGUCUCAGUACAAUACACGAGCGAGAGUUCUACGAGACGCUCGGCAUGCUCGAAAAACUCCUCAACAAGUUGAAUCUCGCCGACCCUCACGUCUCAGAGAUCAUCCUCAAAGCACAGCCGGCCAAAUGGGAAGGCAGUUUUGAGGGCCUGCAGGCUCUGUUGUACAAAGGACUGCGAUCAGCCGACAGUUUAGAUCGCACGCUUGCUCUGCUGUCAAAGAUGCGCGAGAUCGAAGAUUGCGACCUCAUUGGACGCGAGGAUCGUUUCCUUUUCGAUUUCCUGGCCAAUCUCCCUGGUAUGCUAGAAGAUCUGAAUUGCGAGGUACCAUCUAGCGCUCUGAGAAGCACUGCUCAGCAGCUCGCUGGCCUCGCACAGAGCUAUGGCUACGACAAGAUUUACGCGCCUCUGAGCCGCUUUGCGGCACAGCAAUAUCGCAACGGGCAGGAACUCCUGGUCGAAGCAGUGGGCGGCAUUCAGGCAACUUACUUCCCUAUGCAUGACGCUGAGAGCCUUAUUUUCAUGAUCGGUCUCCUCACGAACCGAACGCCUUGGCUCAGAAUACGGGUGAUGGAGAUCCUGUGCGAGCUCAUUCCGUUGGUUGAUAUGACCGACUCUGCCAUCACGAGUCACGGACCCGAUCUUAUUUCACCACUACUGCGGCUGUUGCAAACCGAGCACUCACAAUCGGCACUCCAAGUUAUGGACCACAUCAUGGAAGUCUCUGGUAAUCCUAUGGAGAAGCACCACUUGCGAAUGAGCAUGGCAUCUGGAUCGGCUCGCGCCAUCCGCAAAGAAUACGAACGAACUAAGAGCCUGUACGGGAUACCACAAUCAUCUGGCUGGUCGAUACCAAUGCCUGCGGUGUAUUCGAGCAUGACUCGUAACAAUGUUCACGCUGUAUUCUAUACCUGUGGCGACACUGAGAGCAUGAAGGAGAAGGAGAACAAGACGCCAGAGGUUGAGUUCCAUCAAGAAGAAGAGUACACCGACUCAUAUUUCCCACCACAGAGUCGGGCUGAGACCAUCCGCUCAUUGGAAACCCCAACUGACUUCAACGUCAGCGAGCUGGUCAACACACUCGACAGUUUGGAUGAUUUCUUCGAUGACCUUGACAACGAAUCAGGUGGCACCCCCACCGGGACCUCGCAUUCGAGGUACGCUGCCGUUGAUCUGCAUGAACAUAGUGCCGAGUUGUACGAUGAGCAGACAGCUCCGAUCCUACACAGAUCCCUCAAUCGAGCGCCGUCGUCUGCUAGCUUGCACAAUGGCCUUGCCGACAUCGGACCUUCACCUGGCGGGCAUCAACGCGGGCAGAUGAGCACAUCAUCAUACGUUGGAUCCUUGCAGACCUCCUUCUCCUCCAUCGACGAAAUCAGCAGCUUUGACGGACCCGGCCCCUCGUUGCCCAGCUCGUCUAAGAAACAAGGACCGCCUGCUCUGACUGUUGCACCCUCUCGGCCCGGCCUCCAUGCCAGAUCAAUCACGUCACCUGCGAAUCAUUUCUCAGCUUCCCAACCGACACCGGGAGCCAUGAUGCCAGCACUACCCCAAGCGCCCAUGGAGUAUGAAGAUGGCAUAGUGUCUGACACCGAGAACAGUCCUUUCCCGCCUCUCAGCGCCACCAUGUCCAACAGCUCCAGAGUCGGCGCCCUAACACCAACCAACACGGGCCUCACACCAACGUCAGCCACCGAGGCUGGGCCCGGCUUCAUGCGCCGUGGCAUGCGCCGAUUGACGGGCGGCAGGAGCGAGAGCGCCAGGGAGAAAGGCCAAGUCAAGGAAUCCGCGCGACUGCGUGCGCUGUCCAACGGCGGCAAAGAUGCAUCCGCACCGAACCAGAGUCCUCGUGUCCCGAGAGUGCCGUUGGAGUAUCUCAACGCUAAUGCUACCGCUGCGGCAGGUGGACCGAGCGGUGGUUACGUCGCCAGUCCGAAUGGGAGUCCGAACCUGUCUUGA